CCCCCUCCUUCCAUUAUAUAAAAAAACGAAAAAACACCAUAACGCAUAAUUAGCCAAGCUUUUUUUAUUUUAGCUCCAUUUGAUGUGCCGCAGCUUCGGCACUGUCCUUUACCAUAUCAGUAAUCAAUAAUUCAAAUCGCCAUAUCUUCUUCGUCACUAUCUUCAUCUUCUUCCUCAUCAGCAAUUUCCCUUUUUUUGUUUGGGCACACAACCCUAGGAGGUUACCAUUGAAUGUGAUUUGAGAAAAAAAAAAACUAUAUAUAUACAUAUUGGGAGUCAUGUAUAGUAAUACAGCUCGCAAGUACUCUUCUUCUGCUGCUUCUUCAUUAUUGAGAGCAUCUUCUUCUGUUACAAGGCCGCUUGCUUCAACUUCUACUGCUGCUCACGCGCCUUGUCGUGCUGGUGCUGCUUCUGGUAAUCAGCAGCGUUAUUCAUCAACGCUUCGGUCUCUGCGUUGCUCUGUGCCGAGGUGGAGUCACGGUGUUGAUUGGAAGUCUCCGAUCAGUCUUACUGCUCAGAUCAGGACUGCUGCCCCUGCUCUCAACGGGUUUCAUCGGAAACUAGCUACCAUGGCUGCAGAGAACCCAUUUAAGGGAAUCCUCACUGGUCUUCCAAAGCCCGGAGGUGGUGAAUUCGGAAAGUUCUAUAGCUUACCUGCGCUCAAUGAUCCCAGGAUUGACAAGCUACCAUACUCUAUCAGAAUUCUUCUCGAAUCAGCAAUCCGUAAUUGUGACAACUUUCAAGUGAAAAAGGAAGAUGUUGAGAAGAUUAUUGACUGGGAAAAUUCUGCACCUAAGCUUGUGGAGAUACCCUUCAAGCCUGCCCGUGUCUUGCUGCAGGAUUUUACUGGUGUACCAGCUGUGGUGGACCUUGCUUGCAUGCGUGAUGCCAUGAACAACCUUGGCAGUGAUUCUGACAAGAUUAAUCCAUUGGUUCCUGUCGACCUAGUUAUUGAUCACUCAGUUCAAGUUGAUGUAACAAGGUCAGAAAAUGCAGUCCAGGCUAAUAUGGAGCUUGAAUUCCAAAGGAAUAAGGAGAGAUUUGCCUUCCUUAAGUGGGGAUCCAAUGCUUUCCAAAACAUGCUUGUUGUUCCACCUGGGUCUGGUAUUGUGCAUCAGGUGAAUCUUGAAUAUCUUGGAAGGGUUGUGUUCAAUAGGGAAGGCUUGCUCUACCCAGAUAGCGUGGUCGGAACAGAUUCCCACACCACUAUGAUUGAUGGGUUAGGAGUUGCUGGCUGGGGUGUCGGAGGUAUUGAGGCAGAAGCUGCAAUGCUUGGCCAGCCAAUGAGCAUGGUGUUGCCUGGAGUUGUCGGGUUCAAGCUAUCAGGGAAUUUGCGAAAUGGUGUAACUGCCACUGACUUGGUUCUGACUGUCACUCAAAUGCUGAGGAAGCAUGGUGUUGUUGGAAAGUUUGUUGAAUUCUAUGGUGAGGGAAUGAGUGGUCUUUCAUUGGCUGACAGGGCCACCAUUGCAAACAUGGCUCCUGAAUAUGGUGCAACAAUGGGUUUCUUCCCUGUAGAUCAUGUUACUUUGCAAUACCUCAAGUUAACAGGGAGAAGUGAUGAAACAGUUGGAAUGGUAGAGUCAUAUCUCCGUGCAAAUAAUAUGUUUGUCGAUUAUAAAGAGCCUCAACAAGAAAAGGUGUACUCUUCUUAUUUGAACUUAGACCUUGCCGAUGUUGAACCAUGUCUGUCAGGGCCAAAGAGACCUCAUGACCGUGUGCCUUUGAAAGAAAUGAAGUCUGACUGGCAUGCUUGCCUAGAUAACAAAGUUGGAUUCAAGGGAUUUGCUGUGCCAAAAGAGGUGCAAGAUAAAGUGGCCAAGUUUUCCUUCCAUGGGCAACCUGCAGAGCUCAAACAUGGCAGUGUUGUGAUUGCUGCUAUCACAAGUUGCACAAAUACAUCCAAUCCCAGUGUUAUGCUAGGAGCAGCUCUGGUUGCCAAAAAGGCAUCUGAGCUGGGUCUACAUGUUAAGCCAUGGGUUAAAACUAGCCUUGCCCCAGGCUCUGGUGUUGUUACAAAAUAUUUACUCAAGAGUGGUCUACAGAAGUAUUUAAAUCAGCAAGGUUUCAACAUUGUUGGCUAUGGCUGCACCACUUGUAUAGGGAACUCUGGGGACUUGGAUGAAUCUGUUGCUUCUGCCAUAUCAGAGAACGACAUUGUUGCUGCUGCUGUACUCUCCGGAAAUCGGAACUUUGAGGGGCGUGUUCAUGCCCUGACAAGAGCAAACUAUCUUGCUUCACCUCCCUUGGUGGUUGCCUAUGCUCUUGCUGGCACUGUUGAUAUAGACUUUGAGAAAGAUCCAAUUGGAGUGGGGAAGGAUGGUAAGGAUGUGUACUUCAGGGAUAUAUGGCCAUCAACUGAAGAAAUUGCUGAGGUUGUUCAAUCAAGUGUAUUGCCAGACAUGUUCAAGAGUACAUAUGAAGCUAUCACAAAGGGAAAUACCAUGUGGAAUGAAUUAUCUGUGCCAACAACAAAGCUGUACCAAUGGGAUCCUAAAUCUACAUACAUCCAUGAGCCACCAUAUUUCAAGGGUAUGACCAUGGAUCCUCCUGGACCUCAUGGAGUGAAGGAUGCUUACUGCUUGCUGAACUUUGGCGACAGUAUUACUACUGAUCACAUUUCACCUGCUGGAAGCAUUCAUAAAGAUAGCCCUGCUGCUAGGUACCUUAUGGAGCGGGGUGUCGAUCGCAGGGACUUCAACUCAUAUGGUAGCCGUCGUGGUAAUGAUGAGAUUAUGGCUAGGGGUACUUUCGCCAAUAUCCGCCUUGUAAACAAGCUGUUAAACGGGGAGGUUGGUCCAAAGACGGUCCACAUUCCUUCUGGAGAAAAGCUAUCUGUGUUUGAUGCUGCUAUGAAAUACAAAUCCGCUGGACAAAGCACUAUUAUCUUGGCUGGAGCUGAAUAUGGAAGUGGAAGCUCCCGAGAUUGGGCUGCCAAGGGACCAAUGUUGUUGGGAGUUAAAGCUGUAAUUGCUAAGAGCUUCGAGAGGAUUCAUCGCAGUAACUUGGUAGGAAUGGGUAUUGUGCCUCUAUGUUUUAAGGCUGGGGAGGAUGCAGAUACACUUGGAUUGACAGGUCAAGAGCGCUAUACCAUUGAUCUUCCUGAAAAUAUUAGUGAGAUCCGCCCUGGGCAAGACGUUACUGUACAAACAGAUACUGGAAAAUCCUUCACCUGCGUAGUGCGGUUCGACACUGAGGUGGAGUUGGCUUAUUUCAACCAUGGAGGUAUUCUUCAAUAUGUCAUUCGUCAAUUGACAAAGCAAUGAGGAUCGCUAUGAUUAUUUGGCCACGUUUACAAAGCUGCCCGCUUAAUUGUGGGAAGAUGACAGAGCGUAAAGAGAGAGAUCUUCUUCUCAAUAGAGCAACUUGAGAAGGGAAUAAAUGAUUUUAAAACUUUUUUAUGUCCCUUUUGUUGGACAAAGUGUUGUUUAUUUACUUCUAAAGGCACUGUCAAGCUAGUCUUUUUCCUGCGGAUAGCAUUAUACCAUUUUUUUUGGUAAUAAAAUUUAAAUUGAGAUUCUCUUCAGCAAGUUCUCGUUGAAGUGAAACUUGCAAGUUCUUUUUGUUA